AUGGCAGCAGCCGCACAAGAUAGGAACUUUAAGAAUCAUGCUAAAACACAAGCAGAAGAAGAUGCGUAUGACUAUGCAAAGGAAAGAACCGGAAUGAUCCAAACCAGUUUUGCAGGUUCUUGCGCCCAUAUCAUCAAGGGAGCCUUGGGUGGAGGUAUUCUAUCCGGUCCUGUAGCUUACCAAAAGGCUGGUGUUGCCGUAGCCGUGCCUCUAAAUAUUAUGUUUGGUACAUUCAUGUGCUAUGGUUUAUAUCUGCUGGUAAGAUCUAAGAAAAUUUUGAUGAGGCGCACAAGAAGAAAUCAUUUGUCGUAUGCUGACUGUGGAGAAGCGUCUCUUAUGCUGUUUCCUAAGAAGGGUCUUGCGAGAUUUUCAAAAGUAUUUAGAUUUAUCAUAGAUGCUACCGUAUGCAUGGAUAUGUUUGGUGCAUGUUGCACGUACCAGAUUGUAGUUGCGAAGUCGUUAAAACAACUCGUAGAAAAUACUCCAACUACCACAAUCGCAGGAGCGCCAGGCUAUCCAUCUCUAAGAAUAUACCUGCUCAUAAUGUUGCCGAUGUUCUGUCUUAUAUGUUUGAUAAGACAUCUCAAGUAUUUGGCGCCUUUUUCACAUGCAGCGAACGGAGUUGUGGCAUCCUCUAUUAUGAUGACAAUAUACUAUUGUUUUCAAUAUAAUCCACGAUUUGAGGGUUUGGUACUAACAACCAACUUUGAAGGCACCUUUCAAUUUAUUGGCAUGUCCGUGUUUGCUAUGUCUUGUUCUGGUGUUGUGGUAGCUAUUGAAGGUAACAUGAAAGAUCCGACUAAGUUUACAAGGUGUUUAUUAAUUGGACACUUUUCUAUCAUAUUAUGUACAACAGCUACAUCUUUCUUUGGUUAUGCCGCCUUCUUGGACAAGGCUGAAGCACCAUUUACAAUCAAUUUUCCAAUGACGACGCUGCCCAUAAUGUUCAAAGCUGGCAUUUGUACAAUGCUGUAUAUAACUCACGGCCUCAAUUUCUGGGUACCUUUCAAUCUUUGCUGGUAUUACAUAAAGAGCAGGUUAAACCAGAAUAAGUUAAUCUUUUGGGAAAGAAUUUUUCGAGUGUUGUUUGUUACUAUGAUUGGUACCGUCGGUAUCAUAUUCCCGAGUAUAACAGCUUUAAUGGGGUUGAUUGGCUGUUUGUGUUUAGCAAACAUGGCCAUAAUUUUUCCCAAUAUUAUAACACUAUUUGUGGAAUAUGAGAGACCAGGCUAUGGGGCCUUAAAAUGGCGAAUUUGGAGGUCUGUAUUUUUUAUUUCUGUCGGUUUCAUUGUACUAACCAGUGGUACCGCAGUAAAUCUAAAAUCACUUGUUAAAGUUUUAUUUGAGCCUCACGAAUAG